UCCGACCACAGCUCACUUCCGGUCUGCAGACAUGAGCCCGGGCUGAACCGAGUAGGGAGCAGGAGGCUCUCCUGCCUCAGAGCUGCGGAAAGGGCGGAAUGGAGGAUGAGCGGCAGCACCCCUCACGGCCUCGCCCCAAGGUGACCACCUCGCGCAAACUCCCCUCCGCCUUCGCUUAAUACCCUGUGCGCCUGCGCGCGCCUCUAGCCGGGCGGCCGUGCUGCGCGACACUGCGCCUGCGCUAGAGUUCUGCCCGCGAGCCCUGACUCCGCUAAUUUCCCCUACCGCUGCGCGCGCAAUACCCUGUGCGCAUGCGUGUCCGCUUCGGCCUGGAUGGCUUUCGCGCGUCAAACUCCCUCUGCGCGUGCGCUGCCCUUUGCACUCCAGGAGCGCGGCACCGCGCGGCCCUCAAUGCGCAUGCGCCUUGCUUGCCCCGCGCCUGUGGCGGCAGAGGGUCGCCUUGAGGCAGAACCAGGGCUCCAGUCCCCUGUUCUGUUAAUGGCUCUCCGCCCUCCUCCGAUUCGGGGGGGUCUGAGUUAGAAACCUGCCUGCCCAGGGGUUUCUGAUGAGAUUGUGGACCCACGUGAAUUAGGUGCAUUCGCCCAUGAAGGUUUUAAGGAAGCCAUGAAUUUUCCUGAACCAGCUUGUGCGGGAGGGGAUGGUGGUGUUGGAUGCUAGGCCUGGACUGGCGUGAGCAGGGUUCACGCCCCGAGGUGGGGUGCCGGCUCGGCCGCUAGCGCCUCCUGCCCUCUCUCAGGUCCUCCAUCCCCCGUGCCCUCUCUCAGCUCCGGCCGCCCUGAAGGAGCAGCGGCAGCGGGCGAAGCCCAUGGCACCCAACGCGGCCCUGCGUUCUCCAGCCUGCGCAUGGUGCCGUCCCCUCUACUUGUCACCGUCUGUACAGAUGUCGCUUUCUCUCAGGCCGUUUUCCUAUGACCACCUUAUUUAUAAUAGGGCUGGGGGCGGUGUGCUCCUGGUCAAACUGCUCCCUGCAGAGCCGGCAUCUCACGGGGGCGCUGGUUCAAGUCCCGGCUAUUCCACUUCUGAUCCUGCUCCCUGCUGAUGCGCUUGGGAAAGCAGCAGAGAUGGCCCAAGUGCAUGGGUCCCUGCACCCACGCGGGAGACCCGGAAGAAGCUCCUGGCACCUGGCUUCUGCCUGGCCUAGCCCUGGUUGUUGCAGCCAUUUGGGAAGUGAACCAGUGGAUGGAAGAUCUCUCUCUCUCUCUCUCUCUCUCUCUCCCCCUCUCUCUAACUCCGCCCAGGUUUCGGAGCCCACUGUGUUUGGAAACUCUUUCUCUGCAGGGAAUCCUUGGGGAUCAGGAGCUGCUGUCCUGCAUGGGGCAGAGCUUCACCCCCUGGGCCCCACACCACAGCAGGUGUGGCCAAGGCCAGCCAGCUAAGAGGACGCUGGGAAAGGCUGGUAGGGCAUGCACUGAGUGAGGGGGGGUGGGGUCAGAGACUCAGAGCAGAAGGGUGGGGUCCCUCUGUUGCCUGGUGGCCACGUAGCCCAAAUAGCUCCCCUUGGGGCCUGGUUCAGAUCAAUUGUGACGCUAGGCAUGGCAGGCCCGGCCUGGGGAGGGCAGGGGAGGCUGCUGUCGGUCACUGUGUGUCCUCCUCUCUGUCCCCAGAUUCAGAGCAGGGUCCUGUUCCUCACCAUCUUUGCGGCUGGCAUUGGUGGGACUUUUCAGUUUGGCUACAACCUUUCCAUCAUCAAUGCCCCGACCUUGUACAUUCAGGAAUUCACCAAUGAGACGUGGCAGGUGCGCACUGGUGAGCCACUGCCCGACCGCCUGAUCCUGCUGGUGUGGUCCCUCAUCGUGUCCCUUUACCCCCUGGGGGGCCUCUUAGGGGCGCUCCUGGCGGGACACCUGGCCGUCAUGCUGGGAAGGAAGAGGUCCCUGCUGGUGAAUGACCUCUGUGUGGUGGCCGCAGCUGUCCUGUUUGGCUUCAGUCGCCGGGCGGGCUCCUUCGAGAUGAUCAUGCUGGGCAGACUGCUCGUGGGCGUCAGCGCAGGUGUGAGCAUGAACGUCCAGCCCAUGUACCUGGGGGAGAGCGCCCCCAAGGAGCUCCGAGGAGCCGUGACCAUGACCUCAGCCAUCUUCACGGCCCUGGGGAUCAUGAUGGGACAGGUCGUGGGACUCAGGGAGCUCCUGGGUGGCCCACAGGCCUGGCCCCUGCUGCUGGCCAGCUGCGUGGUGCCCGGGCUCCUCCAGCUCAGCUCCCUUCCCCUGCUUCCCGAGAGCCCGCGCUACCUCCUCAUUGACCGCGGAGACACCAAGGCCUGCCUGGCAGCGCUGCGGCGGCUGCGGGGCUCCGAGGACGUGGAGGAGGAGCUGGUGGAGCUGCGGGAGGAGCGGGCCGCCUGCGGGGCCGGCAGCCCGCGGCGUCCGUGGCAUCUGUUGGGCGACCCGGCGCUGCGGAGGCAGGUGGUGAGCCUCGUGGUGCUGGGCAGCGCCAUGGAGCUGUGCGGCAACGACUCGGUGUACGCCUAUGCGUCCGCCGUGUUCCGCGCCGCGGGGAUGCUGGAGCACAGGAUCCCCUACGCGCUCGUGGGCACUGGCGCCUGCGAGCUGCUCGCCUCUCUCGUCAGCAGUGCGGUGGUGGAGAGGGUGGGCCGGCGCGUGCUGCUCAUGGGGGGCUACUGCCUCAUGACCUGCUGGGGGAGCGUCUUCACCACCGCCCUGUGCCUGCAGGACUCCUACCCCUGGAUGCCCUACCUGGCCAUGUCCUGUGUCUUUGGCUUCAUUCUCAGCUUUGGCAUUGGCCCCGCUGGAGUGACAGGGAUCCUGGCCACUGAACUGUUUGACCAGACCGCCCGUCCUGCUGCCUACGUGGUGUAUGGGGUGCUCCUGUGGACCAUGCUCUUACUGGUGGGGCUGGGGUUCCCCUUCCUCAUGGUAAGCCUGCCCUGCCCUGUGGCACCUGCCUCCAGCGGGGCCCCUAUCAGCCUAAGAACCCCCGGAGGCCUCCGUGGGGGAGGGGUCCUGGGAGAAAGGAGCCGGUCCCUCCUCUUGGUCUCCAGGCCUUUCCUUUGGAGGCCGAGGGGCACACCAGGUCUCGGGGUCUCUCUUCACCCACAGGAGGGCUUGGCCCACUUCAUCUACGUCCCUUUCCUUGCCGUCUGCGUGUGUGGGGCCGUCUACACCGGCUUGUUCCUUCCUGAAACCAAAGGCAAGAGCUUCCUGGAGAUCACCCAGGAGCUGCACAGACUCAACUUCCCCAGGGACCCCAGGUGGAGGGGCCCAGAGGUCCUUCAGUUCACCGAGCUCUAGCCUGGAAGGCACGGCGUGGGCCCAAGCCAGUGCUGCCCAGCGUCUGGGCUGCCACCACCCAUGCAUUCCUGCAUGGUGUGUGCGGGUGUGUGCGGGUGUGUGUAGCCAUGGUGCCAGGUGCUUAGCCAUCAGUGGUGAGGCAGCCUGCGGCCCAGGUCUGAAGGCGGUUCAGUGGGAGGCGAGGAUGGACAGCAGUGGGCCCAUGUAGCAGGGAGGCCUGCUCUGUGUGUUUUUGGGGGAGCAGGAUCAGAAAUGGACUAUCAAAUGAGCUGGUUCCUGUUACAACUUUAUAGAGGCCUAAUUUGCAUGCAGUCUCCGUCUCCACCCAAGCCUGCACUUGAUGAGUUCUGACAGCUGAGCAUAGCUGUGGAACACCUGCCCUGUUGAGACGGCAGGGUCACAUCACCCUGAAGGCACCAUCCCGCCCUGGGCUGCCAGGGCCCCACUCCACCCCAGCCCCAGAAAUCAGGCUGCUGUCAUGUGAAUCCCCGCUGUGCGGAGGCAUGCAGUGUCUGGCCUUUGGAGGCUCAUGCGUGUUGUUGCAUGUGGUCGUAUGCAUUUCUCUGUAUUACUGAGUAGCUAGCCCCUGUGUGGAUGUCUAUCUGUUACCUGCCAGUACACAUUUGGGUUGUCCCUGAGUAAAACUGCUGGGGACGUUCCUACACAAACUGCUGUAUGGAUGUUUUCAUUUCCUGAGUGUCUGCGUGGCAGUAACACAGUCCCAUCCGCAGGUGCUUUGUAAGCAACGGAAGUUUAUUGCUGGUAGUUCUGGAGGCUGGGACUUGCAGGAUCAAGGCGGGGGCAGGUUCAAUGCCUGCUGAGAGUCUGCUCCUGGACCACCCUGCUCGCUGUCUCCAGGCUCUGCUGGGGACCUGUGGCCGGUGGCGCCAUGGGGACAGUAAUCAGUGUGGACAGGCCUUCGUCUGCACUCUCAUGCAUCUGUGUCUCUCCAGGACCAGGGUCUCCCACCUCAAGGUGUGUGGUGGAUGCUCCUCUGAGUCCCAGGAGGGCAGGUUUCUGAGCAGCAGCCCAGGACGCCGCACUGCCUUUAAGUCAGGCCGCUGUGAGCAGCUCAGGGCGCUCAUCACUGUAAGCCUGAGCCAGGUGUAGCCCCUGGAGCCCGCCCAUGGGCCGGGGCUUGCAAGCAGCCUGCUGGCAGCAGUCGGGGACAUAGUCUCCCACUCCACCUCGAUGCCCACCGUCAGGGUCUUCAUCCAGUAGUCCAUUUCCUGCUCUGGGACACUUGGCUGCCUUGCAGGAAGAUCAGGUGGCACGGACUUCAGCCCCUCCUGCGUGUUGGGACCUGGCCCUUGUCUCAUUCACGCCCCACACCCGUCCAUGGGAAAGGACUCACUGCCUCUGCAGUGAAGAAGCCACUGAGCUCCGAGAAACAGCGCAACUCAGUGCAGAAAGCCCUGCCCGCUCCUCCCAACAUCUUGCAUCGUGGGGCCGCCCCGAGCCGGAGCCUGCCCUCUGGAGCAUGUGCGCCCAGCCUCCAGAGGGAAGAUGCUGGGGGUGUCUCCUGGCAGACAACCCUCUUUGUAGUCUGCACACAGGUGGGCUGGGUCGGGGUCACCAGAAGGGGUGAUUCCACCCCCCCCCAGCCAUCUUCCACAGCAACUGCAGGAGAGCGGAGUUGUCUGUACCUCGACUUUCCCCACACUCAGUUGUGGUGGAAUGAGAAGGCCAUGCCAGGAUGGCCACUGGCAAGCCAGCGUCAGUUACUCAGGAAUGGCUUUGAAACCCACCUGGCAACGGAGCCUGCCUGGCAACAGGCUCUGAUUCUAUAGCUUUGGAAACCACAUGGCAAAUGGAGCCUACCUGGCAACAGGCUGUGAUUGGUUAGGGCAUAAACCGCCCCUUGACCAGAUUGGCUGCCUUGGCUAUUUAAGCUGCUGUACCAGCUGAAAUAAACGAGUCUGUGGGCUGCUCGCCUCAGGCCUGCUUUCACCCACUCCUGGAGUUUGUGUGGUGACUCCGCGCCUCUUGCCCCCACCACGCUCCUCCUCUCAGAACGAAUCAACCUCAACACUCAGUGCCC